AUGGCCAACCACGGGGAUCUCUCCCCGCCGACCGACAGCCGCUCCCAGCAGCAGCCGAUUCCAGUCUUGUACCAGUCACGGUACGCCAAAACACCUGAGGGCACUCCGCUUUCCUUUGUGCUCUACUACACGCCACUUCCUCCAAGUACUGCCACUCCUCCGAGCCCCGUGCACGAAGAUGGAGCCACAAGGGUGCUCUGUUUGACCCGCAUGUUUUCACCCGAUCGGCUCGCGGACGAUGUGUAUUACCGCAACUUCUGCUGGUGGAUGACGGUAGAAGGGCGGAGACACGGUGGUAAACUGGUGAGAGCCGUGGUCCCACGGCCUCACCCCAGCGGUGCUCCGGUCCCCGGAGUUGGCAAGGUGUUUCUCGAGUACGCGGAUCUCGACAGCUCAACACAUUCAAAGACGAUGUUGCACUUGACGUGGUUUCGCGGGAGGCAGGUGAUUGCUGUGUUCUACCCUGAGGACAAGUUUGCUGAUGGCAACUACGACGGAUAA